AUGUCGCCUCGAUCGCUAGAUUUUCAGUGUGCUCUCGUCACAGGCGGUGCAGGAGGCAUUGGACGAGCAAUUGCCGAAUACUUCAUCUCUGAGGGAAAGAAGGUUAUUAUCUGUGGAAGAACUGAAAGCAAGCUACAGUCGACGUGCAAGGAGAUCGGCGCCGACUACUAUGUCCUGGACACAGGAGACAUCAAGGCCAUCCCAGGCUUUAUCAAGAAGAUUACUCAGGAACACCCGGAGCUGGACUGUCUAGUCAACAACGCUGGAGUCCAAAGACCUCUCAAUGUCAACGACAUGUCAGCUGAGGAGUUUCUUGAAAAGGCCGAUGCUGAAGUGAACAUCAAUGUUCGGGGACCUAUGCAUCUGGCUGUGGGCUUCUUGCCCCAUUUCAAGAGCAAGAAGUCGGCCGUCAUCAUGAAUGUGUCCUCAGUACUUGGCUAUAUUCCAUUUAGCAUCAUCAACCCCGUGUACAAUGGCACUAAAGCGUUUGUGCACUUCAACACUAUGAACCUGAGGUCUCAAUUGGAGCAAGGCGGAGCUUCCAUCAAGGUGGUUGAGAUUGCUCCGCCAAGCGUUGGAACGGAUCUGCACAGAGAAAGAGAAGACCCGGACGACAACAAGAAGCACAAGAACUCAAGUGCUCUGUCCGUCGAAGAGUUCAUGGAAGAGGUCAAGAAGGGUUGGCAAGAAGACCGUGACACUAUCGGAGCUGGCAUGAGCCAAAAGGUGGUCGACAGGUGGUACGGUGAGUUUGGCCAAGAAUACGCAAAGGCUGAAGGCAAGGCAUGA